AAGAUAUUCCUGCUAAGCUAGCAAGCUUGGAAUGCAAGUAGAAGAUUUAUUAUCUCAAAAAAUAUUAUCCUCGCAGCUGUCACAUACUUUGCUUUUUAUUUUUUGACAGCAAUAAAUUGUCAGAGUUUUUAGCCCAUAAUCCGUAAAGGUGGUUAACCUAAUUCUUAGCAAAACUAUAAGGAUGGACGCCAGAAUAGUAAGCAGAAUGCUGAUUGGCGUAACCUUUGGAGUGAUCGCGUUGCAACAGCUGGAAGCUACCGACCACCAAAUCGGCCAGAUGGCUGUGGAUUUAUUUUUGCCGGUAAUAACGGUUCCAUACAGCAACGUCCAAAUAACUAUCUUCAAAAGCCCAGCGGCCAUUUAUUACUACGCUCCCGCAUGCGCCUUAGUGCCUAAUUCCACCUAUGUAUUCUCCAGUGUGAACUCGCAUCAGAAUUUUGUCGUCUUUUCCGUGAAGCUUCGCGAUGCGCAGUACCAAGAAUACCUGGAGGCCGAAACAUCGCUGCGGCUACACGAAACCAUCAACCGGACCAAUCUGCAGAUGAUCCCAUUCCAAAGCAUGCGCUUCGAUUCCACGGAUACAUUCUCCAGAUUAGCGAUAUCCAAUCAGUGGAUCUCGGUGGGCCAUCAACCCGGUAUCGUUCUCGGCCGUAUCAUGUGCUCGACCAAUAAAGAAUGCAACGCAGUCAAAAAAUCUUUGGACGAUCCCAACCAGCAGAACCACAUCUUUGCCAAUAUGGAAGUCACCUUCGCUCUGAAAAAACCCUUACAGAUGCGGAAGCGCGUGACGUUGACCACCGCUUUUGAGCACUCUUCACUGUUCGGUUCAAUGGAGCAGCGUUUCUCGCAGGCUACCGAUUCAACGGUCUGCAUGCAGGAAUCCGUUCUGCGCAGUAUGAUGCGAGAAGUACUGAACGGGAUUUUUGAAAACCAGUUAGCGCAUGAUGAAUUUGUUAGCGAAGACCAGAUGCACAAAGCGGUCAGUCACGCCGUGCGCAUGGUUAAACCAAAUAUCACGUCCACGGAUUCGUUUCGGUCUGAAGAUUGGCUGAAAACGUUCUGGCCGAGGGUCACCGACCGCCCGGACGAAAGAGCCAAAAACCUGAACGCCCGUGUCGGUGGCGACAAGACCUGGAUGAAGGCCCUGUUCAAACCGGGAAGCAGUUAUAAAGCCAUGGAGCCGGCUCGUUCGGGGCUGGACUCGCAGUCACAAAUGGAUUGGAGCGUUAUUGCAUCGCAGCUAGAAGAAGCCGAUGGGUUGGUUCAGUGGAACGGCGAGUCGUUUGUCACCACACCGAUAACGUUGUACUGCAUCAACUUAACGUGGUUACUGACCGCGGAGAAAAUUCUAGGGAAUAUUACCAUCCUGACCAGCGUCAAAUCGGGAGACUUGACGUCAGCUGUGAAUAUUCCGGCAGCUGCGUCUAUCGACAAAUUUGUGCAGCCGUGGAAGCGGGAGACGGAGCGAUGGGAGCAGGCAGAGAAGCGCAUGCUGGAGAUGAGAAACUCGGUUACAAACUUGGUACCGGUUGGGUCUAUCAUAGCGCACUACCGCAAUGACAGUCUACCGGAAUGCUGGUUGUAUUGUAAUGGCAGCAGCUUUAACGAUUCACUCUAUCCGUUAUUAGCCAGUUUCUUACCAAACAAUACCACGCCAGAUUUCAGAGGGCGGAUUCCGGUGGGAACGGGUGCGGUUUAUAGUAAGGAGAUCGGAUUAACUGGUGGAGAAGCUAAUCAUACGCUGACGGUGGACCAACUGCCUCCUCAUCAACAUCGCGUUAACGUUACCGGGACUAACAACUACAGUGAUGGGAUUUACAGACUUUACAAUUCAUACGUAACCGGUUACCGGGAUAACAGCGACAGAAAUGGAGCGUCUCAUGGAACUCUUCUUACGGAACCAGUUGGGAAGGGACAAGCAUUCAACAAUCUACAACCGUUCUUAACAACAUCGUUCAUUAUUCGCGCUUGUUGAUACCAACUGCUCUGCAAAGUCUGUAAUACCUGGGUCACGGAUUAUGCUCUACAAUUGCAGUUUACGCAUGUUUACUGUAUGCUAGUGCUGCGGAUACUUGUACCGGAGAACCAAAUACCAGUAUGUGGACGGCAGAGUUUAACUGAUAAACAUACUUGGCUAUUCUGUUGGUCGGGUGUUACAAAAUAGUCUGUUGUUAACACUUACAUGUAUAAUAUUUUAAACUUGUCCGCUUCAGAAACACAAACUUUUAUGCUGGUAUCGAAUUUUGCGUUUUUUUUUAACGCUGACAGGAAACAUGAAGAUGCAGUAUACACGAGUAUGUGUCUUCAAAACUGAACCCUUGCAAAACCGACCCGAUUUAACACGAUAACCCGUUUAUUUUCUGUCUUAAAUAAAAAUCUUCUGACGUGUAAGAUUUUGGUAAGGAAAUCUGUAUAUUAUUUGGACGUACAAGAUCCGCCUUUGGUCUGUUUGGUCUGUCGUGUGGUUUGCUUAGCCAGUAUAAGCGUUGAGUAUAAAAGGCCGGCGUACUCUGUCAUUCCCCUUCGCAUUGCUGUCAUUUGCA